UUUAUAUUAUUUACAUAAUUUUGCCUUAAUUUUGAACUAUUUCCCUUUCUUGCUUGAAUUCUCUGCACAGAAGAAGCUCAUGGGUGGAAAGGGGCUGCUUCUGCGAUUCAUCUGAUCCGUCAAAUGAUGCUGUUUUCUUGUUUCGUCAAAUUCUCAGAAUGCGCCCGCAGCCUUGUGUUUUUGAGUUUAAUAAACUAUUGACCUCUAUUGUCAAGAUGAAAAAACUACAAUUGGCUGUUAUUCGUAGAGGAUUUGCUGCAAACAAGAGAGAUGAUGCUGUUUUCCUGUUUCGUCAAAUGCUCAGAAUGCGCCCACAGCCUUCUGUUGUUCAAUUCACCAAACUGUUGAAUGUUGUUGUCAAGAUGAAACAAUACCGUGUUGCCCUUGAUGUAUUCGACGAAAUGCGUCAAUCGGGUGCCCCUGUAGACGAGUAUACAUUGAAUAUCGUGGUUAAUUGCCAUUGCCUUCUCAAUCGAGUAGACUUUGGAUUUGCUAUCUUGGGCAGCUUCUUCAAGUGCGGUUACAAGCCAAAUGUCACUACUUUCACCACACUUAUAAAAGGGCUCCUUUUAGGUGAUAAAGUCGGCGAGGCAGAAAAAUUAUUCAAAAAGUUAUUGAGGCUGAAACUCUGUGAACCUGAUGAAGUUACUAUUCUUACUGUGAUAAAUGGGCUAUGCAAAGCUGGACACACUCUCACUGCAUAUGAUUUGCUUCGGUUAUUUGAAAAGACAAGCUUCAAACCUAAUGUUAAAACUUAUAGCACAGUAAUUGAUAGUUUGUGCAAGGAUCGUAUGGUUGAUGAUGCGCUCCAGCUCCUAGCCAAAAUGAUUGACAAGGGCAUUUCACCCGAUAUUGUCACAUAUAAUUCUAUACUUCAGGGUUUGUGCAAUUUCGGUAGAUGGAAAGAGGCGAAAGACUUAAUUACUAAAAUGGUGGAUUACAAGAUAUCUCUAAACGUGAUUACUUUCAGUAUAUUGGUAGAUGCAUUUUGCAAGGAAGGACUGGUCAAAGAAGCUGAAGAUGUUGUUGAAAUUAUGAUGCAAAGAAACAUUUCUCCUGAUGUUGUCACGUACACUACUCUCGUAGAUGGUUACAGCUUGGUUGGGCAAAUUGAUAAAGCAAGAAAACUACUUGAUUCCAUGCUAGGUAGGGGCUUGAAGCCUUCUAUCAUGAGCUAUAAUAGCUUGAUCAAUGGAUAUUGCAAGAAGGGAAAGUUAGAGGAAGCUUGGCGCCUUUUCCUCGAAGUUCCUCAUAAAGGGUUAGAUUACGAUGUCAUUAUAUAUACCACCAUGCUACGUGGAUUAUUUCGUGCAGGUAGAUGUGCUCAUGGAUUGAAGCUUUUUAAAGAUAUGCAAGCUCAGCAGCUAAUUCCCAAUUUAGUAACUUACAGUACCUUGUUGAAUGGCUUGUGCAUGAAUAAGCAGAUUGGUGAAGCAUUUUCAUUACUACAGAUAAUGGAAGAGAAAGGUGUUAACCCUGAUAUAACCACAUAUGGUAUACUCAUCCAUGGAUUGUGCAAGGAUGGAAAACUUGAGAUUGCAAGAAAUCUUUUCAAUGGCCUUCCUUCGAAAGGUUUGCAACCCAGCGUUCAGAUAUAUACAACCAUUAUUGGUUCACUUUGUCAAGAAGGACUUACAGAGGAAGCAAAAUGUUUGUUUAAAGAAAUGGAAAAAAGUGGUUGUGCACCCGAUAGUGUGACUUACUGUGUUAUAAUCAGGGGGUUGCUUAAUAGGAACGACCUUUCUGAGGCAAAGACAUUCUUGGAUGAAAUGUGUAGACGAGGACUCUCAAGUAUCACUUUGAAGCCGUGAAUAUCAAUUUCGGCGUUGUUGCUCAUUAGAAAGGCGAGGUUACCAAUAUACCACCAAAUAAAUAAAAACAAGUUUGUUGCUGAAAAAUCUGUUUCAACGACAUUGCAUUCAUCUGACAUGUGAAACAUUGUGUUGGAGGGUAAUGAUGCUGAUUGUUUGAGGUAUUUUGGUAGCACCAGUUUCAGCAUGAAGCAUCUGGUUUACAUUGUUUGGCCUGGAAGUUCCUGAUGCUAUGUGCCGUAUACUGAAUCAUUUAUUAUGUUUUAUAUGUACUUGUCGCAUUACAGUGAUGUAUUGGUUACGAUAAUUCUCACUUUCAAUGAGACAAUUUGUUGAAGUGUAGGCCACAUCUUGAUUUUAUAUGCAUUCGUGUUAAUGCAAUCUCAGUGAGUCUCCUGGUGUUGAUGAGGUCUGGAUUGGCAUUCUUCAUCUUUGUUAUCUGAGAGAGUCUCCUGGUGUUGAUGAGGUCUGGAUUUGAGUUUGUUAUGUGUAAAAACAAAGGAUGCCAGCUGAGGAGAUAUGAUAUCUUGUGAUUAGAGG